GCCGCGCGAGGGCCGAUCGUUGAGAAACGAGGUCUCUCGGGAGGAAACAUCCGAGGCGGGCAUCGGAUCCCUUGUUCGAAUCUACUUUUAGAAAGGAUUGUAAGUAAACAUGUCGCCGUAGAAGCAACAGAUAGAGAGAAAUGGCGAAUUUCCGUGGAUUUUACAUACCUUCCAUCGGUGCAACCGUCAGCGUCGCCUGGGAGACUUUAAAGGCCAAAUGGCCGGAGAACAGUCCGUGUAUGGAGCUGAUCCGCGGCGGCGGCGGCGGCGGCGGCGGCGGCAUGGGCCAAGGACAUCCGCAAGGCCAAAGCGGUCAGGGUCAGUUCAAGUCCUUCGACGAAGGCCGCGAUAAUACCGAGAUGAUGACUAUGAACGGGGACCAGGCGUAUCGGGAUCAGAACAACGUGGCGGUUGCUGAGGACUCCUUCAGCUAUCAGAGAAACGGGGACAAAAUCAGAACCGGAAGUGUGAGUAGCGGGGAGUUCAGCGAGUACGACGAGGGCGGCGGAGAAUUCGGCGGCCCGGGCGUCAAGAUCAACGAAUGGCAAGCCGCUUGGAAUGUUACAAAUGCCAUUCAGGGAAUGUUUAUCGUCUCCCUGCCGUUCGCCGUCCUGCGCGGUGGUUACUGGGCGAUCGCCGCGAUGAUCGGCAUCGCGCACAUCUGCUGCUACACCGGCAAGAUCCUGGUCGAGUGCCUGUACGAGCUGGACUCGGUGACGGGUCAGCGUGUGCGCGUGCGAGACUCGUACGUGGCCAUCGCCAAGGAGUGCUUCGGGCCGAGAUGGGGCGCCCGCGCCGUCAACAUCGCGCAGAUCAUCGAGCUGCUGAUGACCUGCAUUCUGUACGUGGUCGUGUGCGGCGACCUGAUGAUCGGCAGCUAUCCCGAGGGCGCGAUCGACACACGUAGCUGGAUGAUGCUGAUCGGUAUAUUCCUGCUUCCGCUCGGCUUUCUCAAGUCGCUGCAGCAUGUCUCCAUGCUCAGCUUCUGGUGCACGAUGUCUCACCUCUUCAUCAAUGCGAUCAUCAUCGGUUACUGCAUCCUGGAGAUCGGUGACUGGGGCUGGUCGAAGGUGAAGUGGACGUUCGAUAUUGAAAACUUCCCGAUCUCGCUAGGCGUUAUCGUUUUCAGCUACACAUCGCAGAUCUUCCUGCCGACCCUCGAGGGCAAUCUCAUCGAUCGCUCGAAAUUCGAUUGGAUGUUGAACUGGAGCCACAUCGCCGCGGCGGCGUUCAAGUCGCUCUUCGGCUGGAUCUGCUUCCUGACGUUUCAGAACGACACGCAGCAGGUGAUCACGAACAACCUGCACUCGGCCGGCUUCAAGGGCUUGGUCAAUCUGUGCCUGGUCGUCAAAGCGGUGCUCUCGUAUCCGCUGCCGUAUUACGCGGCCUGCGAGCUCCUGGAGCGCGCCUUCUUCCGCGGCCGGCCGAAAACGAUCUUCCCGACGAUCUGGACGGUGGAUCGCGAAUUGAAGGUCUGGGGUCUCGCCUGGCGAGUCGGCGUGAUCGUGUUCACCAUUCUGAUGGCGAUCUUCAUACCGCACUUCAGCAUACUGAUGGGCUUCAUCGGCUCUUUCACCGGCACUAUGCUUUCGUUCAUCUGGCCUUGCUACUUCCACCUGAAACUCAAGAGAAACUCGAUGGAGUGGAGCGCCGUCGCGUACGACUGCUUCGUCAUCUUUCUCGGUGUUCUCUUCGGGGUGAUCGGCGUCUACGACUCCGGCUCCGCGCUGAUCAACGCCUUCGAGAUUGGCCUGCCCUUCUAAGCAAUCUCGCGCGAAUCCGGGCCGUUUUGUUGUUGUUCUUGUCUCGUAUCGAAAUGAUAUCACGCUUUCGAGCUAUCAAAGUAUUUGACUCUCGAUUCUAACACGUAUGAUAUUCAGUGCAAUAAUUGCUAAUACAUGCGAGAGACUACAUAAAAUUCUGAACACAUACUCAGAUAAUAACGAAAAGAAGUACAUAUCAGGAGUUCUCUAAAUAAUAUUAUGAUUCAAUAAUUGAGACACAAAACUUCACAAAAUCUUCUAAUGAUUAAUUGAAAAAUGAAUGUUAUCGCGAAAUUCCUUCAAUUUCAAUCAAUAAGAAUGCUAUUUCAUAAAAGUUCUUAAAAUAUGUCUCUACAUUGAAACGCGGUGAAUCAAAAUCAAAUAUUUCACAUGCUCGAAGGCGAUUAACUAGUACGAAAAUUUUGCAUUAUGGAAAAUAGUGUACCUAUUUCUUAUUAUUUCAACUUAUGGGCUGAUAAUUUUAGAACGAUAUACAGAGUGUCCCACACUAACCGCACCACACGAUAAUAGCACAUUUUAAGAUGAAAAUCCCAACACCAAAAUGUCGAGGCUACAAUAGUUUUUAAAUAAGAAGCAUUUAAAGUUAAUCAAUCGAGUUGCUCCGAAUUCAUGCGCUUAGACACGGUUGUAGAAAAAAAAGACGGAUCGAUAUCUGAAGAUAUCCUCAUUAUUGUGUCGCAUACCGUGCCUGAGCGCGCGAAUCUGGAGCAAACUGAUUGCUCAAUUCUAAACGCUUUUCACUUAAACUAUUGUACCCUCGACAUUUUGACGUUAGGAUUUUCAUCUCAAAAUAAUCUCAGAAAUGUGCCAUUACCGUGUGAUUAAGUGUGGGACACCCUGUACAAUCCAAUCUGUCUUUCUUUUCUAUCAUUUCAGUAAUUUUCAGUCGGCACUUGUACUCUAAGGAUGUAAAAGUUAAAAUUAGGCGAGAACGUAAUAUUUUCUAAUCGCAGAAUUCUUUUUCAAAGGAAAAAUUAUUGGCUCAUUAGAGAGCGUGUAAAAGUUUUAUUGUACACUUCACGUUGCAAGCAGUACUAUGACAUAUCUGAAGCGAUAGAUUUAUCCAAGAGUCUUCCACAAUCUCGGAUUUGUUUUGCAUUCGGGAGCCAGUAGAUAUAUAACGAGAGAUCUAGGGCGCAUUGAGCGUAAGAAUAUUUCGCACGGAGCGCACUUGACGAUGUCUUCCACAAUGUCUUCCAGCAGCAAGCAAAUCGCAGCCUAACUAACUAGUUGACUACUGUUACAGUUUUCUGGAUUUUAUAACUGUAUUGCUGCGGAGUUACACCCGUGUAUAAUUUUUAUGUGACCUGUUGAACCGCGACGACGGGACGCGCGGUGAUCUCGAUCAUGAUUUCGUCGUGAUUUACGUCGACGACGAAUCUGCCAAGUAACUUAGAGCUAGCCCGCCGUGCCGUCCCCUCGCCGUACAAACGAGACGCAAAAUGAUUGCGCGAUUAGUUAUGUACAAUCGAGUACAAUUAGUUGUAUAAUCCAACGUCUUCCAAGAUCGCAUAGAUAAACAGUUUAAGGAAAUGAGUAGACAAAAUGUAGUUGUUUCGUGUAGCUGCAGAAUGCUGCGAUGGCUCGAUUCGCGAAACAUCCAUUUCCCGAGGUUUAUCCUAGAAAGAUGAUUAUAUACUAUAUUUUUGAAUUCACAAUUGUUUAACGUAUAAAUUUAGCGCCAUGAAUCUGUGACACAAUAUUUUUUAAGUCAUUUUCAGUCAUUUUGAGCUUUUAAUUUUAUACUCUUAGAUUCAUAAAUUUCUUGAUCUUUUGAACCAGAUAUAUUUUCCUCCAAAAUUCCAUUAAAUCUCGAAGUCACAUUCGCCAGCGUUCUGCAGACAUGAAAAAUUCGCAAAUUAAAGAACGUUAAUAAUCGUGAAACGAGUCUUCCAAUAAUGUCUUCCAAAGAAAAAAAAAAAA